CCGCACACACUCGCACCAUUCAGGUUCGUGCGCUGAUCAUGUAACGGCUGUUUCGUGUCACGCAAAUCACAACAGCAGAACACCAACCCCACAUCUGUUCAAUCCGGUCGUCAGCGACGAGCGCAGCGCUCUGUGGUCGUGGGCGGUGGAUGAGUUGCUGUGGUGGUGAUGGUUGUUGGGGCGGGUCCUGGCUCCAGCUCCAAUGCACCCAGCGAGCGCACACAACUGCAGCGCCUUCUCCGUCUCCUUCUCCUCCCUCUCCCCCUUCUCCUCCUUCUCCGCCCCCUUCUCCUCCUCCUUCACUGCCUCUCGCGUCUUCCUCCUCUCUCUUUCCUCGACGCUCUUAUCGUGCGAGCAUGCACGCCUCCUUGUUACCCGUGGUGUAUGAGGGCACCUGUGCGCCUCAACCACAGGCAACCUCACACGCUGUGGAUGAUGCGUGCGCCCUACGAUCCGAUUCCCAGGCGCUGGCAGAGGCGAUGAACAUUCGAUCGCCGCUGCUCGCCCAAGAUGGCUCUUGGCACUCGCGGCCAUUCGCAUCCUCCUUCUGUGACCAGCUUGGAACAACAAACGAUACCACCACAACAACAACAGGUUUUGCUCUCAACGCGAACCAUUUGGGUACUGGACGUGGUAGCUUAGACCUGAGCAGGAUUGCACCGCCAGCAGAUUCAAGAGCGUCAUCCAUUGCAAGUCGCAACAGCAUGUUCGUCUCGCCAGCCGUCUACGUCAAGGCCGAAAUCCUGGAGACGGAAGAGGCAUACGUGCAAGGGCUGGAGCUUCUUGCUCGGCUCUAUAUCAAGCCCUUGAAAGUGUCCGGCAUUUUGUCUCCCGAAGAUGUGACAUCCAUCUUCAACAACCUUGAGAUGCUGCUGGCGGUGAAUCGAGCGCUCCUGGCUGCGAUGCACAAUGAUGGCAUCGUCCAGGCCUUUCAUAGCAUGGCACCGUUCUUGAAGGUGUACUCGCUGUAUGCUGAAAGCUUCGAAGGGUCCAUGGAGAAGAUCAAUCAAAAUGCAAGGAAGAACAAGCGGUUUCGCCAAUUCAAGGACAUGCAAACGUCGCUUCCGGAAAGCAAAGACCUUGGGUUGGAGGCGCUGAUGCUGGCGCCCAUUCAGCGACUGCCACGCUACCAGCUGCUCCUCGAGUCACUGCUCACGGCCACGCCGCAGACAGACCCAUCCUAUCUCAUCGUCAAAGAUGUGGUUGAGCAAGUGUCACAGGUGAACUGUCACGUCAACACAGCGCUGCGUCGGCAAGACAGCCGUCUCAAGUUGUUGGAUCUCCAGCGUCGCCUGCAAGGGCGGAUUGCGCGCGAAAUCGUCAAGCCAGAUCGCGUGGUCGUCCUUGAGGACGUCCUGUCCAUUGUCUCGAAGUCAUUUCAGACAAAGCACAUCCGCGUCAUCCUCCUGUCUGAUAUGUUGCUGCUUGCAAAGCCCUCAAGACUCACAGGCGGCACCGCCAACAAAUCGCUGGCUUGCACACACGAGUUUGUGCUUGCCGAGUGCCAGAUGGUGGUUGCGAAGCUGCCGCUGAACAGGAAGAGCCGGGAGCGAAACCGCCUGUGCUUUCAGGUCUCGAAUGGCACGACGCGAGCGGUCCUAACAGGAGGUGACAACAUCGUGGCUGACCGCUGGAUCAAACUGCUUCAAGAACAUAUCGAGACCCAGCGACACAACAGACAGUCUUUCAACGUGGAAUCAGAUGGCACAGCUGUCAUUGAACGUAUCUCUCGCGCUCAGUCAAGGCGAUCGUCGUUGGCCGCAGAAAGACGGAGGAGCAGUUCACGCGCCGGGAACACGAGCAGCGGAUCUGAGAGGGAACACACCAGCACCACCACCUCCCCCCAGCCGCUGCAGCCGCCGCAGACGCCAUUCACUAUCGCCUUUGACAACUGUAACCGCCGGAGCGUUCGCAAGCGAGCGAUGCGCUUCCCCAGCUGGUACCAGGGAAAGGGUGGUGGUGGUGGUGGUGACGGUGACGGUGACGAUGAGUACGAUUUGGAUGUGCGUGAUCUGUACUGGCCCGAGUUUCAAGGGCCGUACGCUGACGGAAGGCAGUCGUCAGCCACAACACCGAGCACAGACGCGAGUGGAGGUUUCUCGCCGACUGGGCCAGCACACACGGGAGCUGUUAGCCCCGUUGCGUUCGGCAGAGGCCAUGUAUGUGACGCUGCAUUGGAGUGCACGCAAACCACGGCCUCUCCCAUUCACACAUCGGCCACAGACACGACUGGCAGCGCGUACAGCACCGGCAACACACCAGCCAAUGAAGCAGCUGCGCCAAUGGCGCCCGCUGGGAGUGAUCACUGCAGGCAAACGAACUCACAGCAACAACCCGAACAAGGAAGCAUGGCCCUUGGGAAGCAUGGACAAGGAUACGAGACAGGGCAGCAGCAGCCACAGCAACAUCAACAACGGCAGCAACAACAGCAGCCAGCAUGUGCGUGGACCAGGUCCUCCACGACACUCAUUCGCACGACAUCUGGUGGUGCAGCGCAGAGGGUGUCGGCAGUACGAUUUCGUCGUCGCUCGCACAGCCGCGUGUCGCGAUUGUGUGGCAACCGUCCCCAGUCGCUGUAUACACGAAACGUGCCGUGUGCCCUUUCUUCGCGGCAGCCGCCUGCAGGGAGCGCGUCACCCACGUCUCCACGACAGGCGCAGGUGGACACCAGCGGCAGCUUCACCUGGGACAACAUGGGCAUGUCGAGCGUGAGCCAACACCAACAAGGGCCGACGUGUUCCUACGAUGAAGCUGUGCAGCGCAGCCGCGGGGUGCUGUCGGCGUUUGAAGAAUGGCAGCUGAAGCGGCGGGAGCUGGAGAUGCGACGCAGCAGCCGCGUGUCUGUCACCAAGACGAUGAAUCGCUCACGAACGUUGCCCACUGGCUUUGCAGCACGCGCACGCGCCCUUGUCAAACAACAACAACAACAACAACAACAACAACAACAACAACAACAACAACAACAACAACAACAACAACAACAACAACAACAACAACAACAACAACAACAAGGCGAGGAGAGAAUCGAGGCAGCCACCGCGGUGGACAGUGCGCAAGAGAAUGACUUGAACUGCGAGUUACCCAGUGCGCAGGAAGCGUCAGCAGACAUGGCCUCCACUGCGCAGUCCAGCAUCGAAGAUGAUGGCGAUGGUGAUGGUGUCUCGAGGGUCGUGGGAAGUGAUGACAGUCCGAUGCAUGCAAGCGCAAGCGCGCACGACGACCACGAUGGUGAUGAUGAAGAUGAUGUCCCCUGUCGCCUGAGCGGUGAUGGGGAAUUCAGAGAGGUGGCUGUCGAGGGUGAGGAGAAGGGGGAUGCUGCUGAGGCAGGCGGAGGGGUGGAAGCGGAGUACGACAAGCUGCUCAGCGGAUAUGGCCGUAUCCUCGACGUGUAUGCAGAACUGAUUGCUCGGCGACAGCGGCAAGAGGAAGCGGGUGCGCAGCUGAAGCAAGAGUCGGGACCACAGCGAAAUGUUGAGGGACAAGGAGAGUCCGGUGGACAGGAGCAGCAUGAGGAAAAGAAGCUGGAAGCAAACAUGGAGCGAGCUAGUGCCAGCGUUCCUGUGCAUGCCACAACUACGGCCACUAACUCGUCCAGAGGAGGGGAGCGUGCAGGCCGCCCCCGCCACCAGAGAUGUACGCUCAUGUAAUGUAUGUGACACGAACGACUCAUUGACUUGAACUGAAUGCGCACACCAAAGCAGUCGCUCACGACAUGUACACAAACAAGAAGUAAACGGCAGACAUGCAGA